AAUAUUUAAUUAUUUUACUAUUUAAUUCAAGUAGCAUAUUUUUUUUUAUUAAUUUUAUUCCUCCAAAUAUUAUCACAAAAACAAAAGACUCUUAUUCUGUUUUACGCAGUGCGCGUGAGUAAGUACGUCUCAAAGUAAUGGCUUUAGAAUCGGCGACCUCUAACGGUACAACAGAUGAAAACCAUCCAGAAGAAAGAGAAGAACGGAAAAAAGGAUGGUUAUUUAAGAAAACACACUACACGAAGCGCUGGAAAAUUAUGUGGUUUCAGAUCAGAGACGGACAGCUUGUCUAUGGUUUUAAUGAACAGUCUGCAGAAAAGGCUAUUAAUCUGGUUGGAGCAACGGUGGAGAUGCUGGAGGGUGAUGCUGGGAGAUUCGGCUGGACCCUGACACCAAAGCACAAAAAGCGCACCUACAUCCUGCGGGCCAACACCGCAGAAGAGCAGCAGGCGUGGAUGAGCGCCAUAUGUGAAGCACAGCUCACUUCUGAAGAGCACAGCUCCAACGCGUGUGUCCUGCAAUAAGAUUGUCCUUUUUUUUCCACCUUAGAGAUUGUGUAGGUUUCUAAACUGUAUUGUACUAUCUUCUCUCACUGCGAAAAUGCUCUACUGAAGUAUAGCGCACCCCUUGUGAAGGACACGCACUCCUAUAAUAAUUCUAAUACGUUCAUUAUUAUUAUUAUUAUUAUUAUUAUUAUUAUUAUUAUUAUUAUUAUUAUUAUUAAACACGUUUAUUAUAAGACAUUGAGUGAACAUUGUAUAGUUCUACCUGCAAAAAGUUUUUAAAGUCAAAGCCAAUUUUUUAAUGUGCUUUACAGCCUGCAUGUUUUAAUAAAACGCAUUGCCAGAUUUCGCUGUUCAGUGAGUGGUUGCCUCGGAGGUCCGGUGAACGCUAUGUGCCUGUCAUCAACUCAAAU